UGUUAUGAUUCUGCCGGGUUUCGACAGUCAUUUAAUCGUAUAAAAUUAUUUAAAAUUUAGUUUAAGUAGGUUUAUGUAAUCGAUUAAAAUUGCUUACAAUCAUUACAACUUCGUUCAUUCGUACCUCGUGCCGCCGUUUCCUUUUUGGCGUUCUCAAUUAAAUUAUUAACCGUUGCAAUGUCGGAUAACGCAGGAUGGUGUUUAAUUGAAAGCGAUCCCGGUGUUUUCACCGGACUGAUUCGAGAACUUGGUAAAUAUAAUUAUGUUUUUCACUUAUUGUAAGCCGUUGAACGCGUUAUUGGUUCUCAUCCCCUGUACGGUUGGAUAUUUUUGUCUGUUUCAGGCGUGUCAGGGGCUCAAGUUGAAGAACUUUGGUCAUUGGAUACCACUAUGUUCAACUCGAUCAAGUAAGUUUACGCUUCACUAGUAAUAUGUUUUUUGUUUGAUUUACCCAGUGGCGUAUAUUCAGUUUUUUUCAUGAAAGAAGGGGAUUUAAAUCAAUAACAAAGUCCAAAAGCCAGUUGAUAGGUCAAAAUUGUAAAUUUCUUAAUGUUCACUAUAAAACGACAAUUUUGUGGUUAUGUGUAAAAUAAUUUAUUGUAUUAUUUAAUAUUAAAUUGUACACUAAAAUCAGUUAUAGCCCCAUAAGUAAUGUUAUAAAAUACCUAUGUACAAUAUAUACAUGUAUUGACUGUAUUUUAUUCCACCCAAUACUGAAAAUAUCUGUUAUUUAGAGCUAACAGUGUAACCUACCUACUAUGUAUUUUAAAAUGUGCUUAAGCACCGCUUUUAUAAUAGAAGUAGGUGGGUUGUAGUUGUUGGAUCCCAGACCACCACAUCAACUCGCAAGACUUGAUUUUUUAACAAACUAGAAUUUAAAGUUAAGUUUUUACAAUGCCAUGUUUACUACAUAAUAUAAUUUAUAAUUGGUACUAAUCUAGUUGACAGCCGUUAAUAAAGUAUUCUUCCAUCACUUAUAUCUUGUAUUUUUGAUGUUUUAAUCAUUUGUUAAAACAUUUAUACUAUAUUUAUUUAUAAAAUAAAAAUAAUAAAUACAAAAUGUUGGUAGCCAAAAUAAAAAUAGACAUGAAUGAUGAAGAUAAACAGGUAUCCCAUAAUAUUAUAUACUGCACCCGCUGUUAUACCUAUCAUAAAUCAUUAAUUUUACUAUACAGAUUUUAUCAAUCAUUAGUCUUAAAAUAUCCAAUAAGUGAAUUUUACACGUCCCUAUGCUUUUUUUAUUUGCAGUCUAUUAUUUUAAUUUUAUAAUCUAUAAUCUAUAAAUACGGUUUAUAACAAAUGAUUAAAACAUUUAAAAACCCAAUAUUAUAGUUACUCAUUGCUGUAUUGAUAGGUUAGGUUAUAGGAUAUAGUGGAUCAGCUCACAUAAAGCUUUAUUUUAAUAAUUCAGCAUUGAUGCAAUGGUUCUAGGAAUGGAUUUAUUCCUAAAAUACCCCUCAUAUGUACGCCACUAAAUUUCUUUUAUUUACCAAAUAUUAUUCAAAUAUAAUUAUUCAUAGGCCUGUACACGGUUUAAUAUUUCUCUUCCGAUGGAUGGGACAAGAGCAAGUAGAAGAACCAAUUGUCAAUGAUUCAAGAAUUGAAAAAAUAUUUUUCGCUCAACAAGUUAGUUGUAUUUUUACUUCAGAAUUUUAUUUAUUUAUUUUAAUAAUUUACAUACUGAGCUCUUUGAAUACAAUUAAUACAUGUAAGUUAGAUUUAAUAGUAAUAAAUAAUAUUACUGUAACAAAUACUACUGCAAGCAGAAAAAAACUGCUAUAUUCGUUUAUUUUAAUAGUACUUAAACUACAUAUUUUUUUUUUAGUGACUUGUACAUUGUUAUUAUAACCUAACUUUAUCUUGUUAGUGCUAAAUAUCCCUUAUUAAGGUUAUUUAUUUUUUUUAUUAAAAUAUAGGGUAAAACACCAGAUAAUAUCACAAGUAUACAUAUAUAAGUGUGAACCACAAAUAAGUUUUGUAGCUAAUAACUUUGUCAAUAUUGAUUUCCUCUUGAUCAAUUAUAUAACCUUAUUUGUUCAGUGAUGAUUUAGACUAUAAAAAAAAAAAAAAAACUAAUUGCAUUAUACACCUGAAAACGGUGUUUAUGAAAUUUUUUUUUUCUACUCAAAAUAAAAUUUGGUGAUAUUUUUACACCUAUACAAAUAAAAUAUAGAUAAGCCCAGAAAAAAAAUUCCCUUUUAGUCCACCCUAAUGAAUUUAAAUAAUAGUUUAAAGAAAUCUAACAUUAUAAGACUUGUCAUUACUAGACCUAACUAUUUAAGAAACAGUGACAUGAUUCAAACAUCAAAUUUCUGACAAUUUGUUUGUAUUAUGUACAUAAACAUAUUUGUGACAUACAAUAGUAGAUUUUUUUCUAUCAGCUAUAAUAUAAUGUCAUUAUGAAAAAUUAAAAAUGUUUUAAUUUAAUAAUCAUUAGGUACAGAAGAAAAUAAUCUUUUAUUUAAGACGGAUAUAAGACUGCAGUUGUAUUUUUAAUAUUAAGAGUAUUUUUUUAUAUUGUUUAAACUGGCAUACACUGGUAUCUUUAUCCUUUGUAUUUAAAAAUUAAAAUAAAUAUAAAGUAAUGUAUUCUUUGUUUUUUAUAUUUAGGUAAUUAAUAAUGCUUGUGCAACACAGGCUAUUUUAAGUGUAUUAUUCAACACUUGUCAUCCAGAUAUUGAUCUUGGUAGUACAUUAACUGAAUUUAAAGAGUUUUCUCAAAAGUUUGAUGCUAAUAUGAAAGGUUUGGCUUUAAGUAAUUCACAGAAGAUACGCGCUGUGCACAAUUCAUUUGGAAGGUAAUUGUUGUUAGUAUUAUUUUUUUUAAAUAUAUUUUAAUCAGCCCUUUAAUCAGAAGUAAUUCGAUCUUUGAAUUUGAUGACGGAGGUAAAUCAAAAUCGAGAUCAGAUGAAGCUUUUCAUUUUGUCGCAAUUGUGCCUAUUGAUGGACACCUUUACGAAUUAGAUGGUUUGAAAGAAGGUCCUAUUGAUUUAGGUGUAAUAUCACCUAAUACUGAUUGGGUUGAUUCAGCAAAACCAUUUAUUGAAAAAAGAAUACUCCAGUAAGCCAACAAUUAAGAAGUUAAUUAAUACUUUCUAUUAAUUAAUUUUAUUAUUAUAUGCAGGUAUAAAGAAGGAGAAGUUCAUUUUAAUUUAAUGGCUGUAGUUUCAGACAGAAAACAAAUCUUACAAAAACAACUAUUAGAUUUAUUGGCAAAUGAAAAUUUAGUACGGUUAUUAAUGAAUUAAUAUAAUUGAUUUUUACAAUUUUAUUAUUUUUCUUUUUUUAGAGUGAAGAAAUUAAAUCGUCUGAAGAAGAAAAACUCCGUGCAAAAAUUGUUAAUGAAGAAGACAAAAUGAGAAGAUAUAGAAUUGAGAAUGCUCGACGUAAGCAUAACUAUUUGCCUCUGAUUGUGGAAAUAUUGAAGUUAUUGGCCAAAGAUGGCAAGUUGGUACCAUUGUACGAAAGAGCCAAAGCAAAAUCUUUAGAAAAGGAAAAACAAAAACUUAUGAAUUAAUUACUUUCCCAAAUUAUUCUUAAUAGAAUAAAAAGUUUUAAUUUGUUUCUUUAUAAUAAUUAAGACCAAUUUUUAAAAUUAAAUGGUGACACAUGUAAUUUGUUUUUUUUUAUAUUUAUUUAAUACCCGUUUGUUUAAAUGUAAAUGUCAAUUUUAACAUAAAAAAAUUACAUAAAACCAAUAGUUGUUAAAAGAAAUAAAACUUAUUAAACAUCUUUAUCAUUUGGUUCUCAAAUUUAAUUCAUUUUUCGUACAAAUCUUAUGAUUAAUAAAAACUAUAAUAUGUAGACCAUUUAAAUUAAAUUGUUUAAUUACAAAAAUUUUGUUUAUUUUUUAAAUUUUUUAUUAUUUCUACCAUUCUGUUUCAUAUUUCUUUUGUAUCCUUCCUUUUCAUGUUUUGCUUGAUCCUGUAGUCUGUUAAAGAAAUCUUUAGAUGUUUUCAUACUUUUGUCAUCCACAGACUUUAACUGAAACCAUGCACAUAAUAUAAGUAGAAUAAAAUUAUUAUUUUUAACUGGCAAUUAAUUAUACCUCUUUAAUUUGAUGACCACUACUUGUUAAUCUUUUUAGUUCAAUAAGAGCAUUUUCUUUAUUAUGCUUAGGUUUUAUUCCUUGUUUUUCCAUUUUCUUGAUGUUAGAUUCUUUUGCUACACGUUUUUUAUGUUGCAAAUGUUUCUUCUUACGACGUUCACGUCUUUUGUCUGUGCUAGUACGUUCUUCUUUGCCCAGAAUUGGUGCUUUGAAUUUCCCUAAAUAUUUAAGUAUAAUAUUACAACAACAAAUAACAUUUUAGUUAAUUUGAUAACAAUAAGAUACAAACUUUGUAUUUCUUCAGGUGCUAAUAAUGAUGCAUCAGUAGUAGCAGUUGGGGCUACUUCUUCCAUUGAUAUAGCCGGUAAAUUGUUAAUAAUUUUUAAAUCAGGAAUUGCCUU